AUGCCGUGGAGAAGAGCGUGGGGAGCCUCGCAUCACCGGGGUGAGGAGCAGAUGGAUAUGAACGUUCCGUUUAAAAAAGAGAAGUUCGGGAGGGAUGAUCAGCCGUCUACGGAGGUGAAAGAAAUAAAGGUGGAAAAGGACGAAUCCUCUCUACGUAUCAGCACAGACGGACGCUAUAUGCCAAAUGACUCGGAGGGUCACCUCACUUUACCUUCAGAUAGUACUUCAGAAGAUAAUACCAUCACACAAUGUCCUCCAGUAAACCCUGUUAUUGAAAAUACGCGUCACAAACGUAACCAUGGGAACAGAUCGGUGGAUCCCUCUAAUAGCAAACAAGGUUCUUUGGGGGGUGAGAAGACCUUUCCGUGUCCCGAAUGUGAUAAAUGCUUCAGGCUGAAAGGCAUACUCGUGAGACAUCUCAUGGUGCACACCGGAGAGCGGCCCUACAUAUGUUCGGACUGCGGGAAAUCCUAUGCGAGGAAAUUGGAUCUUCUCACCCACGCAAAAACUCACACCGGCGAGAGGCCUUUUUGCUGUACGGUGUGCGGGAAAGGUUUCAUAGAGAAGCGGCGGCUCGUGGAACACGAGCGGGUGCACACCGGCGAGAAGCCUUUUUUGUGUACCGUGUGCGGGAAGAGCUUCGGAGAGAAAAAGCGGCUGGUUGAACACGAGCGGCUGCACACCGGCGAGAAACCGUAUUCCUGUUCCGUGUGCGGGAAAGGUUUUGGAGAGAAAAGGCGGCUCAUCGAACACGAGCGACUGCACACCGGUGAGAAACCUUUUCCCUGUACGGUCUGCGGGGAGAGUUUUCGAGGGAAAAAGUUUCUGAUCGAACACGAGAGGCUGCACACGGGUGAACUGCCUUUUAAGUGUUCCGAAUGUGGGAAGGAAUUUAGAACCAGAGGGGUUCUAAACCUACACCGGCAAUCCCACGCGAGAGGGCAGCCAUUUUCCUGCGCGCAGUGCGGAAAACGCUUCAAGUAUAGCAUCAGCCUCAGCCGCCACAAGAAACUUCACGCCCAGGAUAAUUCAUUGUCGUGCUCGGAGUGUGAAAAAACGUUUACAACCAAAUACGAACUUCAUCUGCAUGUGAGGGGUCACCAAGGAAAGAAGAUCUUUCCGUGCUCGGAGUGCGGGAAAAGCUUCUUAUGGAAUGCGGACCUUGUUAAUCACCAGAGAGUCCACACCGGGGAGAAGCCCUUUCCGUGUUCUGUAUGUGAAAAAUGUUUCUCAUCUAAAAACAUCCUCGAGGACCAUAUGAAGGUCCACACCGGCGAGAAGCCGUUUUCCUGUCCAGAGUGUGGGAAACGUUUCGCUCAGAAAGGAGGCCUCAAUCAGCACAUGAGGCGCCACACCGGUGAGAAGCCAUUUUCGUGUUCUCAAUGUGAUAAACGUUACUCGGAGAAAGGAAGCCUCGACUACCAUAUGAAAUGCCACACUGGUGAGAAGCCGUUUUCCUGUGAAAAGUGCGGGAAAGGUUUCAUAUUACAACAGCAACUUCUCAGACACCAGAGAAAGUGUACGGGGGAAGGUCCAGCUUCAGCUACAGAGAGCAGGAAGUCGAAAUUUGAACUUAUCGUACAGCAAAAAGGUCAAGCAGAAGAGAAGAGGUAUUUGUGCUCGGAGUGUGAGAAAUCUUUCAAGCGGAAGGAAGAUCUCGUUACCCACCAGAGAGUCCACACCGGCGAGAAGCCCUUUGCUUGUUCCGAGUGCGGCAAAUGUUUCUCAAUUAAGCAGUGCUAUAAUGACCACAUGAAACGCCACAGAGACGUGAAGCCGUUCGCCUGCGAAGUGUGCGGGAAAGGUUUCAUAAAGCAGCGCCACCUCCUUACACACCUGAGGACUCACACGGGCGAGCGUCCCUUUUCAUGCUCUCAGUGCGGGAAGAGUUACACUCGGAAAGAUAGUCUAGUUCAGCAUCAGAAGACACACGGUCACUGA